AUGGGGGUGGAAUUUGAAGUGGUGUUCAAUCUUGACACGGCGACCAGGACACUUUACAGGAAUUUGAUUGCCGAUCUGCGUCGGCGAUUGUCAGAGAGAAUUACACACGGUCGUCCCACACUGCCGCCUCAAGCAGAGCCACCCACAAGAUUCUUCGAUUUGGUUCUUCGAACUUCUGAUCACUCCGUCAGGUUCAGGUUUCGCAUUGACAAUCUCUACUUGAUUGGGUACCAGAUGGAAACUGGAGAAUGGCUCGAGUUUCAAAACGAUUCCAAUCCCCUUACUCAUUUCAUUCCAAAUUCCACCUUCCUUAAUUUCAAUGGCAGUUACAGAAGUUUAGCAAAGGCAUCUAAAAGGAAUACCAGAGAAACCAGGGUUGGCUUUUACAACAUUGGAAUUGCCACAAACCGACUCGCUACGAGUACGGUGGGUGAAGUACGGGCAGCUUGUCUGGUGGUCGUGAUCAUCAUGAUCUCCGAGUCCAUCAGACUGCUGCCCGUACAGGACUACGUGUCCGAUCAGAAUUUCGAGAACCGUCCUCGAAUUCCUCCUGUUGAUUACAUCAGAGGAGGAAAUGCAGACCGAGAAGGAGUAGUUGAAGAAUGGCUUUUGAGUCUUAUUCGCAACUGGGGUUCCUUAUCUGAAGCCGUGUUUCAAAGCGAUAACAAUCCCGAGACCCCGCUGCCCGUACUUCGGACUAACGAGAUAAGAAUUCCACCCAAUAACAGUGAAAUAAGGAUGAUUGCCCACAUUAUUGAAAUAAUGGGGAUCUUGUUGAGGUUUUGUAUUGAUAAGCAAAGCGGCCCCGGCCCCCGAGAUGGUGGCAAGUGCUUUGUAGAAGGAGUACCACUAUUGGAAGUGUUCUCAGUGCGUAUAGACAACAUUGAUGGAGAGGAUCCAGGUGAGCUUUACGGCACAAUCAUAGCGGACGAUGGGCUAAACACGCAGCACAUCUACAACCGCACCAGAAGCAGACCCGAAACAGUUAGGCCUUACGGGAAUGCUGCGCUUACCGGACCAGGUGAAGCCAUUUUAGCCACUGGGAGUGUUAAUAUCAAGCUGCUUCUCACGGACAAGGACAUUAUUUCUCCGGAUGAUGAAAUAGUUAAUGGUGAAAUCUCAUGGGAUUAUUAUACUAAUACUAAUAAGUAUGACAAGCUCAUAUCUGAAAAAGUAGGUGGAAAAUACGGUGGGGCAACUGUGAAUUAUGCUGUGUUGAGAAAUGCAGUGGCUGCUAGAAUCACAAUUAAUCUUGAAGAAAAACAAGCAUCAGGUAAAGUGUUACUUCAUGGGCGAGUUUCUGCUUUUUAUGGUGGCCAAAAUUGGGAUAUGUUAAGUAAUGUUGCUGAGAGUUUGUUGUUUAGCAAAUCAAAAGAUGAGUACGUGUAUGAGUUGCCUUGGCAGGACAUUAAAUUGAUGAGAUCUGUGGUAGCAGUGCCGAUGGAAAACUCUCUCAAUAUUAAGGCAACAUUGUAUGAUUAUGACUCAUCCUGUGAAGAUUUGAGAUGCCAUGGGCGACCCCAAGAUCUUGUCAUUGCCGAUGGCACCGUAAACUUCGCAGCUCAAACCUCGGGUACAUCCUCCAACUACAUCAAUGGACAACAGGGGAAUCGGGUCAAGGUCACAGUCUCUUGGUCAUCUGGUAUAUUCGAAUGA